UUCCCCAAACUCUGCCAGACCGAGCACACGCCUGCGCUGUGGCCGCCGCUUGUGCUGGCAGCGCCCGCAGGUCCCACACUUAGUCUCCCUGUCUGUGGAUGUGGAGUACGAGUGAUUGAAAUGCUUCAAGCAUCCCCACCCUGUGUUUGGUGUCAGUCGGACGAUAGCCUUAGAGGCUCUGGGUUUUGCUGUGUCUGCAGAAAACACCUCCAGGAGAUCCCAUCCUCCAGCACUAAUGUUUCCACCAGCUUGGAAUGGGAUUCCAGCAAGACCUCGGAGCUUCGGUCGGACAUGGGAGUGUCGGCCCUCAAGAAAGAAAAGCUGGGCAAUGAAAACACACCACAGGACCUGCUGGUAUCGUUGCCCUGUGUUCCUCCGAAGCGGCAGAAGGUGAAGGACAACGAAAAGGACUUUGUGAUCGUGCGCCGGCCGUGGCUGCUCCGAGAGGCAGAGUCAGUUGUUUCUUUGGACGCACUUCCAGAUGAAUUGCUUUUGGCAAUCUUUUCAUAUUUGCCCCUAAAGGAUUUGCUGAGAGUUUCCAUGAUUUGCAAGAGAUGGCAUCGUCUUUCGUUUGAUGAAUCUCUCUGGCAGACUCUUGACUUGACGGGUGGGAAUCUGCUGCCAGGAGUGCUUGGACAGUUGUUGCCUGCAGGUGUUACUGUGUUCCGCUGCCCAAGAUCUUGCAUUGCGGAUCCAUUGUUUAAAACAAGCAAUCUUCUUAAAAUUCAGCACCUGGAUUUGUCAAACUGCACAGUGUCUGCUGCAGAUCUCCACAGUAUUCUUUGUCUGUGUGAAAAGCUGCAGAGCCUCAGCCUGGAGGGUCUAGUGCUUUCUGACAACAUCAUCAAGAGCAUCGCUAGGAAUCCUAACUUGAUACGACUAAAUCUUUGUGGGUGCUCAGCAUUUUCUGCAGAAGCCUUGGACCUGAUGUUGACCAGCUGUUCUAUGCUGGAGGAGCUGAACUUGUCCUGGUGUGAAUUCACAGCCACUCAUGUCAAAGCAGCAGUCAAUCAUGUUACUUCAAAAGUCACCCAGUUAAAUUUAAGUGGAUACAGAGAGAAUCUACAAAUAGCAGAUGUGAAAACACUGGUGGAGAGAUGUCCUUUGCUUGUCCAUUUAGAUCUCAGUGACAGCAUGAUGUUAAAGCCUGAGUGCUUCCAGUAUUUUAAGCAACUCAUGUUCCUACAACAUCUGUGCCUUAGCCGAUGUUACCAGAUAUCACCUGCUGCCUUAGUAGAACUUGGUGAAAUUCGAACACUGAAGACUCUUCAGGUAUUUGGAAUAGUGACUGAUAGCUCCCUGCAGCUCCUGGAGGAAGCACUGCCUGACAUGAAGAUCAAUGGUUCACACUUCACCAGCAUCGCAAGGCCAACUGUUGGCAAUAAAAAGUGCCAUGAGAUUUGGGGCAUCAAAUGCAGAUUGACACUGAGAAAUCAGAGUUUCUUGUGAUCAUGUACAAUGCACAGAUGCCAUGGACACAGUUUGUGUUGAAGCUCCUUAGGAAACAAAGUGCUGGAGCACCUUUUAUCAUAGUACUGUUACUGUCUAACUUGGUUUUACAUCUUAAUGUUGUUCCAUAGUAUUUUAUAGUAGUUUUUUAUACUUAAAGCAUUCAGAAAUCUAAUGAUCUGUGAGCAAUUACAGAAUAUUUCUUUCAGACUUUUUUUACAGGGGAUCUUUGAAAAGAAAUUUUAUGAAACAUAUCACCAUACUUAAGUAAUGUCAACCUCUUAAAACUGUCUGCAGCUUCUGAAACAGCUUGCAGAGGUGAUACAUAUUUUUAUAAGGUUUA